GAUGGCGGCGUCAGAGGGGGCGCGCAGCGGCCGGACGACGGCGAGACUCUUCUGAACACCGAUAUACCCACCCCGUCGGUCUCCACUCCCCACUGACUCCGACCCUACCGGGACCACCGCAGUAGACCUCCGUCCCUGGGCCGGGGCCGGGCUGCGGGAGUGUUAUUCGGGGCAGAGCUGGGUGGGAUCGGCCGGUAGCUGCUGCUGCUAGCGGCCGUUACUGGAGCACUAUCAGGGCCUUGGUCUGCCGCAGCUCCGGGGGGGAAUGUGAGCCGAGGGAGCCCUGGUUUGUCCCCCAACGACCUCACCACACUCUCCCCGGGAUGGGACAGCAGGUUGGCCGCGUCGGCGAGGUGUCGUCGAGCGGGCUGGCCGGGCCGCCGCAGAGCCAGGCUCCGCCGCCGCAGCAGGGUCGCGGUAGCCGGGGCGGCGCAGCCGGGAGGAGGCUCCGGGAGCCGGGCAGCUGCAGCUCCGGGACCCCGCCGAGCAGGGCUGCGGCCAUGCCGGACCCGGGGAUCAACAUAUUCACGCAGCACUCAGAAGCUCUGACAGAGGCAGUGCGCUGGAGCUCCAAGGAGAACCUACUGGGGGCGGCUGAGAGCGACCCAAACCUCUUUGUUGCACUUUAUGACUUUGUAGCUAGUGGAGACAACACACUCAGCAUCACCAAAGGUGAGAAGCUGCGUGUGCUGGGCUACAACCAGAAUGGAGAGUGGAGUGAAGUACGGUCUAAGAAUGGCCAGGGUUGGGUGCCCUCCAACUACAUUACACCAGUCAACAGUCUGGAGAAACACAGUUGGUACCAUGGACCUGUGUCCCGCAGUGCUGCCGAGUACCUGCUGUCCUCCCUUAUCAAUGGCAGUUUUCUGGUCCGGGAAAGUGAAAGCAGCCCCGGACAACUGUCCAUAUCUCUGCGCUAUGAGGGCAGAGUGUACCACUACCGGAUCAACACAGCCACUGAUGGAAAGGUGUAUGUGACAUCUGAGAGCCGUUUUGCUACUCUAGCCGAGCUGGUCCACCACCACUCCACUGUACCUGAUGGCCUGGUCACCACACUGCACUACCCUGCACCCAAAUGUAACAAGCCCACAGUGUACGGUGUGUCACCCAUACAUGAUAAAUGGGAGAUGGAGCGCACAGACAUCACCAUGAAGCACAAGCUUGGAGGAGGCCAGUAUGGGGAGGUGUAUGUUGGAGUCUGGAAGAAAUACAACCUCACAGUGGCCGUCAAAACACUCAAGGAAGACACUAUGGAAGUUGAAGAGUUUCUAAAAGAGGCAGCAGUUAUGAAAGAGGUUAAACACCCAAACCUUGUUCAACUUCUUGGUGUGUGCACGUUGGAGCCUCCGUUCUAUAUCGUGACAGAGUACAUGCCACAUGGAAACCUACUGGACUACUUGAGAGAUUGUGAAAAGGCAGAGGUGAACGCAGUGGUGCUGCUCUACAUGGCCACACAGAUCUCUUCUGCCAUGGAAUACCUGGAGAAGAAGAACUUCAUACACAGGGAUCUAGCAGCAAGGAAUUGCCUGGUUGGGGAAAAUCAUGUUGUGAAAGUUGCAGACUUUGGUUUGAGCCGGUUAAUGACUGGCGACACUUACACCGCCCAUGCUGGAGCCAAGUUCCCCAUUAAGUGGACAGCUCCAGAGAGCCUUGCGUACAACACCUUUUCCAUCAAAUCUGAUGUCUGGGCAUUUGGGGUGCUUCUUUGGGAAAUUGCCACCUAUGGUAUGUCUCCAUAUCCAGGCAUUGAUUUGUCUCAGGUCUAUGAUCUCCUGGAGAAGGGCUAUCGCAUGGAGCAACCAGAGGGAUGCCCUCCCAAAGUCUAUGAACUCAUGCGAGCAUGCUGGCAGUGGAGCCCAUUAGAUCGGCCUUCGUUUGCAGAGAUCCACCAAGCGUUUGAGACAAUGUUCCAUGACUCCAGCAUUUCUGAAGAAGUAGCAGAGGAGCUCGGAAAGACGGCGUCUUCUGGUCAUUGUGGACCACUGCAGUCUUUCAGUCACGACAUGCCCCUGUUGCCUUCCAAAUCCCGCUCAGUCCACAAGCACACAGAAAACAAGGAAAACAUCGAGGGUGGACUGGACGCGCGCUCCGAUCACAGCACGCACAGUCACUCAGGCUGGGCUUCCACUUUGCUCGGAGGGGAUGGCAUAUCGGGCAGCUCGCCUGCCUUGCCCAGAAAACAACAGCCCCGAGAUAAAUCUCCCAGCAGCCUUUUAGAGGAUACACAGGAUAUAGGCACAUUUACACGAGACCGCAAGACUGGCUUCUUUAGCUCCUUCAUAAAGAAGAAAUCUUCCUCCUCCUCGUCCUCGCCGUCUUCACAACUUCAACAGAACCUCCCGACGCCUCCCAAGAGAAGCAGUUCCUUCCGGGAGAUGGAAACGCAGCCUCAUAAGAAAUAUGAGCCCACGGCUGAUUUCAGCGCUCCACCUCCGCUGCCACAGUCAGACAGUUUAGGGGGCUUUUCUGCCUCUCCGUCUCAUUCCCACGGGGAGCCCCCCCAGACGCAGUCCCGUUGCUGUGGGGCUGCAUUUGGACAGAAACCAUCGAGUGGGGGUCUUGGUUCUCAGCUGACGAGUGGCAGCAGUUGGGGUGGACUAGCUGGCUUUUUCACCCCCAGACUCAUCAAAAAGACCCUGGGGCUACGAACUGGAAAGACGGCCUCUUCAGAGGAGGGUGGAAGUAUAGUUGGAGCACCCAAACCUUUCCCUAGGUCCAAUUCUACCUCCUCAAUGUCAGCUGGACUGCCAGACUUGGAGCGCAUGGCUCUGACUUUACCUAGGAACCGCAGCGCUAAACCCCCUCUGGAGAGAACUGCCUCCACGACUUCUCAGCCAGAGAAUGGGACGACACGGCCCUCGGAAACUCUGCUGAAGAGGAUGGACGAGGGGACGGCACAGAUCAGGGAAAGGCCCAAAGCUAAGCUACUUCCCCGGGGCACUGCUGUAGGGGUUAGGGCACCAGGGGUCGGGGGGGAAGUGGGGUCACUGGACGGUGUCUCUCGGGUUCGGGAGAGUAAAGAGGAAAGUGGCGGGCUGGACAAACAGCACGGCUGGUCAUCUCCCUCUAAGACUUCUAGUUCCAACAUGCCACCUGCCUCAGCAGCUGCACCAACUCAUAACCACAAAGUUCCAGUCCUGAUCUCCCCCACACUGAAGCAUAGCCCAGCUGAUGUGCACUUAGUCGGGCUAGACUCUCAGGGGAAUCGUUUUAAAUUGCUAUCUGAGCACCAAGGAGACCGGGACAGGCCGCGACUCGUCAAACCCAAGUGUGCUCCUCCUCCUCCUCCCACUCUGCGCAGUCUGCAGCACCCCUGCAGCGGCGACAGGGACGAGCAGCUCAGUGGGACGCCUGUGGAAGUAAACGGAGACACGUUAAAAGGUCACAGGUCAGGGCGAGCAUCGGGAGGAACCAUGACAGGUAGACCGUCAGUGCCACCACCACAAGUGCCUCCUGCGUCUUCCUCCCCCGUUUCUUCUUCCUGCCCUCCCAGCACCAAUACAACUCCCACCAAAAUGGCCAACGGAGCCACCACCACUGCCUCGUUGCACAUAGCACCGUCUGUCGGCUCCAAGGUGGCACUGCGGCGGACCAGGCAACAGGUGGAGAGGGCGCCCCUGGAGCGGGUCAGCCGCGAGGCUCUGCUGGAGUGUGCCGAGGGCCUGAGCAGCGCUCUCCAUGCCAGCUCUGAAAGCCCCUCCAGUAGCCAGGUGCUGGACGCUGGCCACCAGCUUCUAGACUGCUGCUCAGGUUACGUGGACUGCAUCCCUCAAAUGAGGAACAAAUUUGCCUUUCGAGAGGCAGUGGGUAAGCUGGAGCUAAGUCUGCAGGAACUGAGAGCGUCGUCUUCAGGAGGCGGGGGGCUGAGCACUGUGGGAUCCAACACUGUGCUGGACAACCUACACAGUUGCAUUAAAGAAAUUAGUGAUGUAGUACAGAGGUAGCCACUGUGACAGCGCCAAUUGUCAUCUCCAACAAACAGACAGAUCGUUUAUAUUCCGUUUUUUUUUUGUUUGUUUUGUUUGGGUUUUUUUUUUUUUUUUUUUUAUGCUUGUGAUUCAGUCAGUAGCUUUUUGGGGGACAAAAUGAGAUAAAACUCUUAAAGUACCUCAUAGAAAUCACUACAAAGUGUUUUUUUUUUAUUGUUUACAAAAUAAGUUUCAUAAAAUGCCAGUGUGGACACUAACUUUGCUCUCAACUGUACAUACUGAGAAACGUAAACCAAACUAAAUGUGGUUUUAGUUGUAUCAAUCAAUGUUUUUCCACAAGUUUCCAUUCGGCCUUGAUAAAGGCCUCUUUGUUAACUGAAUGUCACGUAUGUCAGGUGUCUGUCGCCAGCCAAGAGAGACGGUGAAACUCUUUUUGUCAGUCUGUAACGUACUGAGCAAGAAUGAAGUGGAUUGUGGCUAGCCUUACUGAGAAUAUUACGAAAAAUGUUUUCCACCGUCUCGAGCAAUGUGUUUGCUGGGUGUUUAUUUGUUUUUUUUCACAGAAGAGCGUUGUGCUCCCGCUUCUUUGGGAACUGAAUGACCAUAAGCCAUUUCUUGAGCGGCAGCCAUUGCAAUGUUAAAGGCUUAAAAACAGUCAGAAUUCAGCAAGUUUUUGGGGAUGUCAAAUUGAAAUUAUUUUGUGUACAGAUUUUUUUCUUUGUUGGACAAACAUGAUCAAUAUUUAAAUUACAAAAAUGGUUUUGCUGGUAUUGGUAUUACUGGUAUUAAAGCUUGUUUUGUUUUUUCCCUAGUUGGAGGAGUAUCAAUUGCUUUGAUGACAUUCCCGCACAUCGACCUAAGGCGAAAAUAUUCAGAAAAGAUAAAGGGAUCACUGCAUUAAUCUCUAAUGUCACAAUGUGCUCGGUAGUACCAUUGCAGGCUUAUCACAGUUAAAGUGACUUACACACGAUACAAAAAAUCCAGUUUGUUUCCCACAAUACUGAAUGUAGGGCAUUUCAUUACAUGCCUUUGCUUCGGUGGUGUGACUGAUGCUUACACACUGAGCACAAGUCACAUCAUCAAAAAGUGGGAACAUUCCUGUCCCCCCUAAACCAUUUUAAUAUUAAUGUCCAGUUAUUGUUGCACACUAUAUCUCUUUUUUGUAGAAUGGAACAUAAAAGAGGUGAUGGGCGGGAGAGCACAGGCUAGCGCAUGAGCAGGGGAGCCAGGGCAGUAUUUCUAUAAGUGUCCUUCACAGUUUGGACAGUGCUGGAUUCCCUGUAGCCCUGUUGUGGCCUCAGUGCCUCAGAUUCUUCAAUGUAAGAACCCAGUGAAAAGCAGAGACCUACUUUAAAUGAACCACACAGGACUGAACUCUCCACAAACUGCAGUAUGUCUUCAGCACAUGAGCGAUGAGUGGAUUUAUUUGGUUUCAAAACAAUGCUUUUGAGAAUGUAUGAACUUGAAUUUUAAAUUAUUCUCCUUUUCUUUUUUUCUUUUUUUUUUCAAAGCACAGACAUAUUUUGAGAGAAAACUUAUGUAGAUGUUUAUUUCAGAUCCACGCAUAAAAUUUUGUGUGGUUACAGAGUACAGAGAAAUGUUUUUGACUGAAGAUAUGUACUUCAAGACUGAGGCCCAUCCACCCGGAUCUGAAUACGCGCUUCGAAUGUAUUAUUAAUCUUUUUUUUUCCUUUUCUUUUUUCGCCAAAUCAAAUGUUCAACUUUGUGUGUCGUUGAUUUCUUAAGGUGCCAUAUUUUUUAAUUUAUUUUUCAUUUUCAUAUUUUUCUUUUUUUUCUUUUUUUUUUUUAAAUAGCAACUGGCCCCUGCUUUAAUUUUGGUAACACUAAAUAAUGGUCCAGAGAGAGCUGCUGUGUUUUACGAGCACACAAAAAGCUGUGUACAGCACACACACAAAUAAGAGUGUUUUAUAGUGUUUGUUUGCUUCGUUGUCAGUUUAAUGUACACUGGAUUAGGCCUCAGACACAUCGGUUCAGUGACAUAUGCUGCAUAUGAAUACUCUAAAAUCUGUAAACACUGCAACUAUAACACUUUUAAAAAUGACGGCUAAUGAAACUUGAUGGUAAAAGUUAAUGGUACAUUUCAUUUUUCUAUUUUAUGUUGUGUGCCAGUAUAAGUUACCUAUAUUUUGCCAAACAGGAUGUUUUUAGAUGAAAUUAUUUUUAAAUGUCUAAUUACUGUGAGUUUAAAUUACAUGGAUUAAAAAAUGCCAUCUUUUUUCUUUCUUUUUUUUUUUUUUUUAAUCUGUUUUGGUGCCUUUUUUGUGACAAAGUAUUUAUGUACAGCACACAAUGACUGCAAUACAUCACAGUAUAUCAGUGUUUCACCUUAUUAGAACAUUUACUAUCUCUGCUCUUCCAUGAAUUUGUGAUAAACUCACUGCAGCAUUUCAUUUUGAGAUUUAUGGUCAGAUACAAACUUGAAACCAGUAUGUGCACUUUGUCCAUUAAAAGGAUGUUUGAAAAGUCAUUUUCCCCUAUUUUUGGGCUAUUAACACUAACAGUGCUGCCUAGAUACAUGAACAAUUGACACAUUUAUAUACAAGUCAGAAUCCAAAUUUGGGAAGAGAGUUAUUUGUAAAUUUGUCUGGAAGGAAAGCUGUCACUCACAUUCAGUGCCCCAAUAGAUUUUUUUUCCACCCUCCCUGAAACCUAAUAUCUAGAUCAAUGCUUCUUAAUUAUUGAAUUGACCACAACAUUUCUGCUCAUUCUCACCGCCUGUCAUUAUUUAUCUGUUGCAUUUACCUUGAAUCUUUUAUUCCCUCCCUGUUUGGAGAACAGCUCUGGAGAACGUGUGUACACAUCAUUAUACCAAAGGCCAUGUCUUCAGUUGGAUUAGUGCAAUGUAAAACCAGACACACCACAGUGGAAUAUGUGAAUCUAAACAGGGAUAAAAAUGUCAGAUGUUAACUUUUUUUUUUAUUGUACAAAAAAUAUAUAUAUUUUGUGUUUUGUUUUGUUUUUGUUUUUUUAAUUUAAAGCUCACGUUAUAUUACUGUGAAGAUCUGCUUAUCAGUGUUAAGCCUAUUGUAAAUAA